CCAGCGAGGACGGUCGCCCAGCAGUCAGCAGCAAUAGGCAGCGGUAAGUGAAGUAGCUAGUUGUGGUAGACAUUGCGUUGAAAAGGUAUCACGCCUUGGCGUGAUGCCAGUGCUCGCAAUGGCUCUGCCUUAUAUACAGUAGAAUUAGGUAUUUUGCAGGCAUUGCGUUGAAAAGGUAUUACACCUCGGUGUGAUACCAGUGCUCGCAAUGGCUCUGCCUUAUAUACAGUAGAAUUAGGUAUUUCGAUGGGAUUCGCAGGCAUUGCGUUGAAAAGGCAUCACACCUCGGGUGAUGCCAGUGCUCGCAAUGGCUCUGCCCAAUUGAUGUUGUAAGUCUUCGCAGGCGUUGCGUUGAAAAGGUAUUACACCAAAUCGGUGUAAUACCAGUGCUCGCAAUGACUCUGCCGAUGUGUUAGUUUUCGCAGUCGUUGCGUCGAAACGAUAUCACACCGACUCGGUGUGAUAUCAGUGCGCGCAAUGGCUCGACCGUAGUUGCGUUGUGAUAUAGCGGCAUCACAGCUGCGCGGCCUCGAGCAGCGUCACUACCGCUGCCUGCACGCUAGUGCACCGUUACCAAACUAACGCGAUUAACAGGCGACUCGCACAAGCCAAAGGACCAUCACCGCCGUCUGGGAGUAACUACUCCUCACCAGAAGCCAAGGACCAUCACCGCCGUCUGGGAAUAACUACUCCUCACCAGAAGCCUAAGCACCAUCACCGCCUUCUGGGAGUAACUACUCCUCACCAGAAGCCAAAGGAUCAUCACCGCCGUAUAAAUCACCGUGCCAACUUCAACAAGCGUCAACGCCUGGCGCGCCAAUUUCGUUCGCUUCCAUCUGACUCGCCGUAUAAAUACACGCUGGUCUGGCUGUCCACAUAAGGGGGUGUGGAUACAUCUUUACGAGAGUAAACACUUUUCUUUGCUAAGGGUUCGUGGGUCCCAAGGCUGACCCUGGAGCGGCUGAGCAUACCUCAGCUAUGGACGAAACCCCAUUACAAAUGGCGCCCGAGCAGGGACCUGACUUUGUGAGUGACAGUGAAAAACAUGAAACGGUCACCAACGCUCAUGAAUCAGGUUCACACCCCCUACACAAUCAUAAGCAUCGCAGUACUUCAGCGAAUAAGGCUCAAACGCUUGAGACGGACACGACUAGUUGGAUUUAUUGGCUAAAAAAGGAACGAUUAGUCACCGAGUGCAGACGACACCACAUCGCUGUCGAAGGGCGCACCGUAGCAGAUCUCCGUAGCGAGCUGAGCGCCUGCAUCCGUGCAAAGCGCCACAGUAAAUCCACGGAGGUCCUAGUGAAAGCUUUGGAAAGGGAAACGAAAGAGGAAGGUAAUGCCUCCAUACCUGUUCCAACCACCACGGUAAGAAUCCCGAGCAAAGCAAUAGCAACACGUGACGAAAUCACAUCGGCUGCAAAAUUGCCAGAUUUGGAGGUUAUAAACUCCAUGCGGCGAUGGAACAUACGCUACAGCGGUCGCGAAAAUUUACACGACUUUCUGGAGCGAUGCGAGGAACUCGCCGAAUGCUACUCUAUAGCAAAUAACCAGCUUCUAGCUACUAUGCCGGAAAUUUUGCAAGACAAAGCGCUGCAAUGGUUUCGUAUAAAACGCAAUGUCAUUAACACGUGGGUCGACUUUCGUUACGAGGCUGAACGGUUCUUUUUACCGAAACGACAUCUCGCACAUCUGGAAGAAACCAUCCAUCAGCGCAAGCAAUUACCCAGAGAGAAAGCAAAGGAUUAUGUGUUGGCCAUCCAAACGCUUAUUCGCCAGCACCCGAAAUUUCGCGAGGAAGAUCACACCGAACGUAUAUAUGACGGUCUAAGGGUGGAAUAUCGCUUAUACGUCCGUCGAAGCGACUUCAACAGCGUAGACGAACUACUCGAGUUAACCGAAGAAUUCGAAUUGUUAAAAGGCGAGGAGACCAGGCAAGCAAGAAACACCAAUCACUGUUUGACGGCGGUAAGUACUAAGUAUUGCCGCGAGAAAGUUUGUUGGCGAUGUAAUCAGCCGGGACAUCGAAGGCACCAAUGUCGCAACCAGCAGCGAAUAUUUUGCUCUCGCUGUGGACGCGACGGAAUCAUGUCGCGAGACUGCAAUUGUCCUACACAUGCGACAGUGCGAGCUACUCCGUCCAAACCCAGUACAACAGCACUCAGAGCAACGCUUCCGUGCCCAGAAGGGAAACAAGAUGGCCGUUAUUAUUUGCCCAUUACUGUCGCAGGCAUGCAGAUAGAAGCUCUGGUGGACACCGGAGCCACGCUCACAUAUAUCGGUAAAGAACUUCAACGCCAUCUAGAUAACCACCAAAUCAAAGCCAGACGCCAGACCCGUCGCAUUCAGCUAGCUAACCAGACGUAUAUACCUAGCACGAAAAUGUAUCCUGUUGCAAUAGAGCUGGAUAACAAGUCUACGCGACUACUUGUAUCAGCUCUACCGACGCUUUCGGAACAUGUCAUCUUAGGCAUGGAUUUCUUAAGGAAGCGAGACCUGACUAUCACCAUCGAUGGCCAACCCCUAACCGCUACACGCCUAAGCACACAGGCCCAACCGACCGUCGAUGGGGCGUCUGGCCAAACACCGACACCGAUUCACCCAGAGGCCCAAACGACCACGACGGCGAAACAAAGUCCCAUGGCCGAGACCAGCGCACCAGCAGCCCCGCUUAUCACAUCGCCCGAAGAAAUAACUCCAGCGAACGAAAUUCCAGGGUUCCUGAAAGGGCUGACCAUGACGCGACAGCAUUUCAUCAAGCGCCCCAAGCGAACGCUAUUCUUCCGAGGCCGACGUUUGGCCCUGCAGAAAUUGGAAGGCGACCGACUAUUGGUGCGAUACGGCAGGGAAAGAUGCGUGCUACACCUGUACGACUAAACCCAUAAGGCCGGCGCUCAACAUUAAUUUUACUAGUUUUAAGUAUUCAUUUGUGCAUUUGUACGACAAGGCCAGAGAUUAAAAUUAUUUUUACUAGUUGCAAGUACUCAUUUGUGCAUUUGAAAAACUAAAUUAAAAAUUGGUGUUACUAGUUGUAAGUACGCAUACUCACAGCAGCGCGGCCUCGAGCAGCGUCACUACCGCUGCCUGCACACCGUAGUGCACCGUUACCAAACUAACGCGAUUAACAGGCGACUCGCACGUAAGUACAGGCUAGAGAGAAGGGAUAGUGCUGAGUGAGUUGCUAAGCGGAGUUCAGGCGAUAUUUAAUUAUAUUUCUCCUUCACCAGAAGCCAAAGGACCAUCACCGCCGUCUGGGAGUAACUACUCCUCACCAGAAGCCAAGGACCAUCACCGCCGUCUGGAAGUAACUACUUCUCACCAGAAGCCAAAGGACCAUCACCGCCUUCUGGGAGUAACUACUCCUCACCAGAAGCCAAAGGAUCAUCACCGCCGUAUAAAUCAUCGUGCCUAAUUCAACAAGCGUGAACGCCUGGCGCGCCAAUUUCGCUCGCUUCCACCGGAAAUUCAAUCGAAACUGUGCGGGAUUUCAUCAAAAAUCAGCCAAAAUCAAAAUUCAUGGAAAUGGAAUUGAACAUCUCCAAAACAUCGAUUUAUCCCAUUUUGAUCGUACAUUUGAGCUUACGAAGGGUGUGUGCACGGUUUGUUCCGCACAAAUUGACUGACGACCAAAAAUUGCUCAGAAUCCAACAUUCGGGGACAUCAUUGUGACUGAUUAUUUGACCAAAAAUCACAUUUUAACCAUUAACCACUCGUGAUAUGGCACCGUGCGACUUCUUUAUUUUCGGAAAAAUGCAUUUGCCCAUGAAAGGAAAGCGUUAUGCAGACGCAAAGGCCAUUCAAAAGGCUUGCACCGGCAUACUGGCGGCCAUAGCGGCCAACGGGCUAAAACACUCGUUCGACAUGCUUUUGGACCGUGCAAAAAAGCUGUAUUGAAGCAGAAGGAGACUAUUUUGAAUAAAAUAAAUUGAUUUCGCCGAAAAAAACA